CAUGAAACAGGCGUGCGGGAGCCCAUUGUUGGCCCCCGGCCUCCCAGACCCGCCCGGCUGGGUCUGAUAUGGCCGCUCUCGGCCAAUGGGAGGCUGCCCAGCACUUCAAAGCGUGCGCAGCCCAAUCCGCCGAGCCCCCCAGCGCUGCCGCCGCGGCUCUAUUUAUGGGGAGGGCACUGAAUUUCGGUCCCCAGAGACCUACACUAGUAGAGCCUUGGGGAGUUCAAGUGGAAUAACUUCUCCCCACCCCUCUGCCCCCGUCCCCUCCCCCCAAGUCUUGGUCCGCGGCCUCCUCCCGGGUCUCUGCCGGGACCCGGGAGCCGUCGCAGGUCUCGGUCCGAGGGGCCCCUUUUCUCGGAAGGGCGGCGGCCAAGAGCGGGGAAGGUGGAUCUCAGGUAGCGAGUCUGGGCUUCGGGGACGGCGGGGAGGGGAGCCGGACGGGAGGAUGAGCUCCCCCGGCACCGAGAGCGCGGGAAAGAGCCUGCAGUACCGAGUGGACCACCUGCUGAGCGCCGUGGAGAAUGAGCUGCAGGCGGGCAGCGAGAAGGGCGACCCCACAGAGCGCGAACUGCGCGUGGGCCUGGAGGAGAGCGAGCUGUGGCUGCGCUUCAAGGAGCUCACCAAUGAGAUGAUCGUGACCAAGAACGGCAGGAGGAUGUUUCCGGUGCUGAAGGUGAACGUGUCUGGCCUGGACCCCAACGCCAUGUACUCCUUCCUGCUGGACUUCGUGGCGGCGGACAACCACCGCUGGAAGUACGUGAACGGGGAAUGGGUGCCGGGGGGCAAGCCGGAGCCGCAGGCGCCCAGCUGCGUCUACAUCCACCCCGACUCGCCCAACUUCGGGGCCCACUGGAUGAAGGCUCCCGUCUCCUUCAGCAAAGUCAAGCUCACCAACAAGCUCAACGGAGGGGGCCAGAUCACAGCUCUUAAAAUUAAGUACAAUCCAUUUGCAAAAGCUUUCCUUGAUGCAAAGGAAAGAAGUGAUCACAAAGAGAUGAUGGAGGAACCCGGAGACAGCCAGCAACCUGGGUACUCCCAAUCAGGGGGGUGGCUUCUUCCUGGAACCAGCACCCUGUGUCCACCUGCAAAUCCUCAUCCUCAGUUUGGAGGUGCCCUCUCCCUCCCCUCCACGCACGGCUGUGACAGGUACCCAGCCCUGAGGAGCCACCGGUCCUCACCCUACCCCAGCCCCUAUGCUCAUCGGAACAAUUCUCCAACCUAUUCUGACAACUCACCUGCAUGUUUAUCCAUGCUGCAAUCCCAUGACAAUUGGUCCAGCCUUGGAAUGCCUGCCCAUCCCAGCAUGCUCCCCGUGAGCCACAAUGCCAGCCCACCUACCAGCUCCAGUCAGUACCCCAGCCUGUGGUCUGUGAGCAACGGCGCCGUCACCCCGGGCUCCCAGGCAGCAGCCGUGUCCAACGGGCUGGGGGCCCAGUUCUUCCGGGGCUCCCCCGCGCACUACACACCCCUCACCCAUCCGGUCUCAGCGCCGUCUUCCUCGGGAUCCCCACUGUACGAAGGGGCGGCCGCGGCCACAGACAUCGUGGACAGCCAGUACGACGCCGCAGCCCAAGGCCGCCUCAUAGCCUCAUGGACACCUGUGUCGCCACCUUCCAUGUGAAGCAGCAAGGCCCAGGUCCCGAAAGAUGCAGUGACUUUUUGUCGUGGCAGCGAGUGGUGACUGGAUUGACCUACUAGGUACCCAGUGGCAGUCUCAGGUUAAGGAAGGAAAUGCAGCCUCAGUAACUUCCUUUUCAAAGCAGUGGAGGAGCACACGGCACUGUUCCCCAGAGCCCCAGCAUCCCUUGCUCACACCUGCAGUAGCGGUGCUGUCCCAAGUGGCUUACAGAUGAACCCAACUGUGGAGAUGAUGCAGUUGGCCCAACCUCACUGACGGUGAAAAAAAUGUUUGCCAGGGUCCAGAAACUUUUUUUGGUUUAUUUCUCAUACAGUGUAUUGGCAACUUUGGCACACCAGAAUUUGUAAACUCCACCAGUCCUACUUUAGUGAGAUAAAAAGCACACUCUUAAUCUUCUUCCUUGUUGCUUUCAAGUAGUUAGAGUUGAGCUGUUAAGGACAGAAUAAAAUCAUAGUUGAGGACAGCAGGUUUUAGUUGAAUUGAAAAUUUGACUGCUCUGCCCCCUAGAAUGUGUGUAUUUUAAGCAUAUGUAGCUAAUCUCUUGUGUUGUUAAACUAUAACUGUUUCAUAUUUUUCUUUUGACAAAGUAGCCAAAGACAAUCAGCAGAAAGCAUUUUCUGCAAAAUAAACGCAAUAUGCAAAAUGUGAUUCGUCCAGUUAUUAGUGAAGCCCCUCCUUUUGUGAGUAUUUACUGUUUAUUGUAGCUGGUGGUAAAGACCUUAUCCCCAAAAAGCAUUUUAAUCUAUUAAGAACUUUAAUAUUGUAUCUAAUUAGUUGCAAAACUGGAAGUGAAAUUUGCAUAGACUUAGUGCUAAUUGCCACAGCAAUUUAAAAGAUGUUAAGUAAUUUUUAAGAGAUUUACUCAACAUUGAAUCAUGGAUGAUGUGGAUAAAGACAGAACCUAGAACAUACUGAUGUCAUCAAGAUGAAUAUGGGAUGUCCACCCUAUUCAAGCUGAAGUACUGUACAUAAAAU